CAUCGCCCGGCGCCGGAAGUGCCGCUAUGCGGGGCCGGCUGCUGCGCGCCUGGCGUCAGGGGCUGAAGGCGGUGCGCGGGGCGGCGGGGCAGGCGGCCGCACCGCCAUGGCGGGUGCUCUUCUUCGGUACCGACCGCUUCGCCGUCACCACCCUGCGAGCCCUGGAGGCGGCCAGGGAGCCCAGCAAGGACUCACUCGUCUCCAGGCUGGAGGUGGUGACCCUACCCUCCCACUUGCCUGGGGACCUGCCUGUGAGGAACUGUGCCCGGGAGCUCCAGCUGCCUGUUCAUGAAUGGCCACACACAGGACCUGUGGGGCAGUUUGAUGUAGGUGUGGUAGCAUCAUUUGGACGUCUCCUAAGUGAGGACCUUAUUCUGCAGUUCCCGUAUGGCGUGCUGAAUGUCCAUCCCAGCUGUCUGCCACGAUGGCGUGGUCCUGCACCAAUAGUCCACACAGUGCUUCAUGGUGAUAAAGUGGCUGGGGUGACAAUUAUGGAAAUAAGACCAAAGAGGUUUGAUAUAGGUCCAAUUAUUAAGCAAGAAGAGUUUGCGGUUCCUCCCCGCUGUACUGCAAAGGAGCUAGAAGUGAUGUUAUCAAAGAUGGGUGCAAAUAUGCUGUUAGCAGUUUUGAAAAACUUGCCUGAAAGUUUAAAAAAUAAAAAAGAGCAACCGAAAGAAGGAGUAACAUUUGCUCCUAAAAUAUCUAUAGCUAAGAGUUGUAUAAAUUGGGAAGAGCAAACAGCUGCACAGAUAAUUCAACUGCAUCGUGCAAUAGGAAGUAUGUUUCCUUUGCAGACACUCUGGAAGGGUACUACUGUUAAACUUCUGGAUUUUGAGGAAGUGGAUAAUAUUCCUGGGUUUUCUGAUCAAAUGUUAAAUGAUCACGGAGCUGUUGUUCCUGGUUCAUUACUAUACCAUAAAGAGUCCCAAACGCUGAUAGCUCGUUGCAAGGAAGGCUGGGUUGGAUUCAAAAGAGUCAUAUUAAGGAAGCAGCUUACAGCACUUGACUUCUACAAUGGAUAUUUGCACUCGUGGUUCCAGCGGCAGUCAAGAACAAUUCAUCAGGAAUGCAGAUUUCAAACACUCAAACUUAGCACAGCAAAAAAGACUCUGAAAAAAAGGAAAAUAUUUGCACAGGAUAUAAAACAAUAGUUGUAUUAUAAAAUGUGGAAGAUGUCUGUAAGUUAAUAGUAAUAUAAAAUAUUUCAGUGCCCACCUGAAUGUUACAGUGUUACGACAUUCAACCGAGUUAAGGGGUUUCCUCCCAAAGUGUUUGAUGUUGCUGUCAUCUGCGUGUUUUCAUCAUGGGUUCCUGAUGAUACUCAUUUCUUUUUCCCCAUCAAGGAAGAGAAUCUCUGAACACUGAAGACGGUUAAUAAAUCCUUGUUUCUACUGUUGAGUAUAUAAAAAUAUAAAUGUUUUUUGUACAAUGCUUUCAAUUUCUUUUUGAGGACUUCUGGUAUAAUUUUCUUCAAGCAUAAGUUGUACACGGUUACUUUAAUCUGGAAAUAUUAAAAUCCUAUGCUUCUCCGUAA